CCUUUCCAGAUGGCAGUGGUUAGCCUAGACUUCAUCACCGGGUUACCACCUACCACCAGCGGUCAUGACGCAAUCCUUGUCGUCAUCGACAAGUUCUCCAAAAUGGGAUACUUCAUCCCGACACACACGACAGCACGCACCGAGGAGACAGCACAACUCUUCGUUCGUCACAUCAUCUCACAGCAUGGCAUUCCAACCACACUCAUCUCCGACCGAGACCCCAAGUUCACCAGCAAGUUCUGGAAGGAACUCAUGUCUCUACUCGGGACCAAACUCGCCAUGUCAUCCGCCUACCAUCCGCAGAUAGACGGACAGACCGAGCGCCUCAACCAAAUUGUUGAGCAACUCCUCCGAGCAGCCUGCAAGGAUGAGAUCUCCAAAUGGGACCUGCACCUGCCCAUUCUGGAGUUUGCUUACAACAACGCUACACAUGCCGCUACUGGACAGACGCCGUUCUUCCUCUGCUACGGACGCCACCCACUCACACCACAGAAACCGACCACAUCCGCUACAAAGAUUCACAACGCCUUCCAUGUCCAACUUCUGAAGCCCUACCGAGAUCCGAACACGAUCUUCGUCGGACACCAACCACCGCCGCCGCCACCCGUCCUCGUCCAGAAUGAACCCGAGUACGAGGUCGAGUCCGUGCUUGCACACCGUCGACGUCGGCAUGGCGCCGUGGAGUUUCUCAUCCGUUGGAAGGGUUAUGAUCCUUCUGAGGUCAGCUGGGUCCCUGAGUCCGACAUGG